AUGCAAAAUAUAUUAACUUCGUUAUUGUUACCUCAUUUUCGCAGUAUUGCUGGACUGUCCGUUUCUCAACUCUUAUACGGAUUCCUGCAAGCCGCACAGAAUCAAAAACCGAUUCAAUACAAUGGGGAGUUGAUUGACCUCGACUCCAAGAUUGUUCACGAAAUUGAACAUUAUAGCCGAAUGGCUGUAGCCUCCUACGGUCGGAAAGUCACCAUGAAAUCCAACCUUUCCACUUUCAAUCCAGAGAGUUUUCUCCCAACUGACGAUUCUCCCUUUUAUACCAACGACAUCACUUCCAUGCUCGAAAUCCAACUAGGCGACGACGCCUAUCUCGAGUUUCUCUUAGAUCAUUGCGGGUUGCAGGUCGAAGACUUGCUAUAUUACUGCUUCGAAGGCGCUUCGCUGAACACGUCGAACGGAACGGAGUUUCACUCCCCUCCCGUGUUUAUCCUGCGCGAUACGAUGAGCCGAAGCAUCGUCGUGCUCGUUCGCGGCACCCACGACUUCAACGACAUCUUGAUCGAUAUCUAUGGGAAGGAAAUGAAAUGGGAAGAAGGCUUCGUCCACGAAGUGCUCAUUCAUAUUUCUCAUCACUCGCAGGGAAUCGGAAUGAUCGCCAAGUCCAUCGCCACCGACCCCCAGAUUCUCUCCAUCCUCGAGGAAGCUCUCACCCAACACACCGAUUACACACUCAAAGUCGUGGGACACUCGCUCGGCGCCAGCAUUGCAGCGCUCACCGCGAUUUAUUGGCACACGCAUCACACGUUUCGCUCUUUUGAAAACAGGGGUGAAAAUGAGUUGUUUUUGCGGUGCUUCGCGUUCGCGCCGCCGCCCGCCAUUUCGAAGGAAGUGAAGGAAAAAGGCGUCGGUUUUGUGUAUUCGGUGGUGAAUGAGGAUGAUAUCGUGCCUCGACUGAAUACGAUUCGGCAGUAUGUCGAUCCCUCCAUUGUAAAUUCCUGUGCGGAUAAAGAUUCUGAGGAUCGGGAAGAGCUUAGGAGGUCGUUUCGACAGAUUUCACACCACUCGAUAAGCGAGGAGAAGGAAGUCUAUCCCAUUUUGUCGAAAUCGAUAUUCUCGAGUUCUUAUGCGCCGGUUAUGCCGAACGUUGGAAAUGAAAUUGAUGCGUCGAUCUAUGGAAGUUAUGUUCUUCCAGGUUCUAUUUAUCUGUUUCAUCCUGCAAUUGCCGAUGGAAAGAAGUAUUUGGAAUAUGAGGAGGAGAAGAACAUGUAUGUCAAAUCAAUAAAGUCGCUCAUAUCGCUUUUCGUGGCGAGACAAGCUCCCAAAGCUCCGGGCGUGAUGUAUUUCUCUUCAGAGCAGCAAUUUCCUCAGGUUGUCCGUCUUUCUCUGUACUUUACAAUUCACCACAACUUUGCAAUGUAUGAGAACGCAAUAAGAGAAAUAGUGAAUGGAAACACUCAAAAGUAA